CACUCCGGUAGUGACGUCACAGUCUCAUCGGCAAACAUGGCGGCGACGCUGGGCAGAAGCUUCUUUGAGGUCUGCGCGUUUGAGCGGGAAGCCGUCCAAAGGUUCCGAGAUGUCCAAAUCAAACUCGCUCCAGCGCCCGCCUCGGGAGCCGUGAAAUUUCCAGAUUCUGCCGGCGCCUUCCACUAUGACAACGGCGGCGGUGACAAAGUGCACUCCAUCACCAGCAACAGAUUCAUCUCAUGGACCACUUCGGGCGACGCGGUGCAGCUGACGGAGCACUCGUUGGACGGCAACCUGCUGAACAACGCCGUCCGGCUGCGCUUCGCCCACUGCCAGGUGAUGCCCGGAGGCGUGGCCGUGGCCGAGACCCCCAACAACGUGGCGGUCCUCGUCGCCACCAAUCAGAGCGUCCACAGGCUGCUGCUGCCGCACCCCGAGCGCAUGUAUCGCAGCGACGUGGUGACGGAGCUUCACUUGCAGUCGGUGUUGACGGACGUGGGCAAGCUGAACUCGGAGGACGCGUGUCACGGCGCCGCCAUCCCCGCCGCAUUCUCCCCCGCCGGCGGCGCCGCGGGAGCGUGCGCCGCGUGGCUAACGCGGCGCGGAGAUGCUAACUAUGCCUUAGCCUCGCCCGCGGGGGGCGUCGUGGUCAUCACCCUGCCCGCGCAAGGCGAGGCCUUUGCGACGGAGCUGAAGACCACCUGGACGAUGCGUCGUCUGUCGGUGUGGAUCCCGAGCGCCAUGCGCGGCGAGCAGACCGCGUGGGACGGCGUGGCCGGCGUGGCGGCGCGAGAGCUGGAUGACGACGACUCGCUGGUCUUGGCCGUGUGUCUGGACCACAAACUGCGCCUGUGGUCGCUUCGGGAUCAGGCGUGCCUGCUGGAGGCGGACAUGUUGGACUACAUGCCGCUGGUGCGCAAAAACGCCGGGCGGUGUUGGGGCGCGGGCCACCGCGUGCGCCUGACCUCUUGCGCCGCCUCCGGCCUGUGCCUGGCUGUGUACCUUGCAGCGCCCCGCAUGGGCCAGUUUGUGGUACUGCAGCUGCUGGCCGACGACAACAACCGCUACGGUCUGGAGCACAUCUCUUCGCUCUUCUGCGCUCAGGAGACGCCGGUGGACUUUGCGCUGACCGCCGGCGACGUUUGGGCCCUGUGGCUGGACGAAGACAACAACGCCGUCGUCAAAUGCAUCAACUUUGAGCAGAACGUGUCGGGGAAGUGGAAUCAGGUGUUUGUUCAGCCUCGCUCGGAAGAGGAGGUCCAGAUCGGCGCGGAUCAGGAUCCCCGAGAAACCUACUUGGAUGUCAUCUUCUCGCCGCAUCGCUUCACGGCGGCGGCCAUCGUCAAAGCUCUGCGGAUCUUCCGGCGAGGUCCUGACGUCCUCCCGGACGUUUCGUGGGAGGGACUGAAGAAGGAAGUCACUCUGGCCGUGGAGAACGCGCUCCAGAGCAGCGUGACGGAGUUUGAGUUUUCCCAGGAGGAAUAUCGCCACCUGCAGGUGCAAUUCUGGUCCAAGUUGUACACGUGCUGCCUUCAGUACCAGGAGGCUUUGGCCACGCCGCUCGCCAUCAGCGUCAGUCCUCACAGUCACAUGGCGUGCCUGCUCAGGAAGGGAUUCAUUUCCUUCCUGCUGCCUUGUUUCGCCAUCGACCAUCUCUACCUGUCCUCUGACGAGCACUUCCUGUCCGAAGACGACGUGCCGCUCGCCGAGGAAUCGACAGUCGGCGCGGAUGUGGCCGCGCUGAUGUCGUGUUUGCGCGUGCUGAGGGACGAGGUGUCGUCAGAGAUGGCGUCCGACAUGGAGAGCGCGCUCCGACACGCCGAGUCGCCCGAGAGGAGCGCCAAGCUCGUCCUGGACAAAAUCCUGGCGCAGGACAAUCAAAACGUGGUGGAAGACAUUCAGAACAAACUGCAGGACGUUUCCAACCCGACGGCGGCCAUGUUGGUUCUGCUGACGGAGUUGGACCUGGAGACGGACUUGGACUAUGGGGAUGGUCCACUUUUACCAGGCGAAAGCAUGAGCGUGCGCGUGAGCGCGUCUCGCUUGUACUCGAGCGCCACCGCCGUGUCGCUGGUGUGCCAAGCGCUGAGCCACGUGAGCGCCACGCGGACGCUCCUGUGCAGGGACGCGCUGCUCCUCCUCAAGCUCUUCCUGCGCCUCGGCGAGCACGUGUUGCCGGGCGGCGGGCCUCAGCUCCUUCAGAUCCAGCAGGAAGUGAUCCCGCGCACGUCCCAGCUCUUGUCGUCCUACUUCCUGCUCCGCCACCUCAGUCGGAGCGUCGGCGCGCAAGUUGCGGAGGACGCCGCAGACGCCAACCUGCAGCACCUCAGCGCCUUACACCUCAACGACACGCCCGCGCUCAUCAACAGCGCCGCAGCGGUGAGUCGGCAGUCGGCGGUGGAGAUGUUCUACCAGAGUUGCGGGCGCAAGAUGGCCGUCCGUCACCUCUUCUCCCAGAGUAGUAACUCCGCCGCCUCCGCCGCCGCCAGCUGGAACGACUCGAUGGCCAACGUCGUGCAGCUGCUCGCUCAGCUGCUCUGGCCCAGCAAUUCCGGCUUCAGCUUCCCAGAAUGCCUCAUGGCCAACUGUCAGUACACUCAGCUGCAGGACUACGUGCGUCUGAUCGCUCCGUGGUGCCAGGUCAACAUCGGCUCUUGCCGUUUUAUGUUAGCUCAAUGCUACCUCGCCAACGGCGAGGGUCACAAGGCCUUGCGGUGCUUCCAAGAAGCCGCCAGCGAGGUGGAGAAGGAAGAGUUCCUCGUGAGAUUGACGGGAGCCGAGGACGACCGCGCCGCCGCGUGCUCGCCCGCGUUGCGCUACUACAACAAGGUGCUGCGUCUGCUGGAGGACGUCGGUCUACCGGAGCUUGUGAUCCAGUUAGCGAUGUUAGCGUUAGCUGAGGCCGUCGAUGAUGUCAGCAGUCAGGCGGCCUUGUGGACCAGAAUCUUCAAGCAUCAUUUGGACCUCGGACACAACAGUGAAGCUUACGAGGCUUUGAUCCAGAACCCGGACUCCAGCAUGCAACUGGACUGUCUCCGUCAGCUGGUGGUGGUUCUAUGCGAGCGAGCUCAGCUUCACGACUUGGUCCACUUCUCCUACGUCAACCUGCACGACGAGGUGGUCGGAAUCAUCGAGUCGCGGGCCAGGGGGGUCGACCUUCUCGCGCACAACUACUACGAACUCCUCUAUGCCUUUCACAUCAACCGACACAACUACCGGAAAGCGGGGACAGUGAUGUUGGAGUUGGGCGUGCGUUUGGGGCGCGAAGUGUGCUCGGUGCGCGGCCUGAAGAAACAGGUCAACUGCUUCCUGGCCGCCAUCAACUGUCUGCGCCUCAUCCGGCCAGAGUACGCGUGGAUGGUUCUGCCCGUCUCUGAGUCCGAGCAUCCGGGAGCAUCUCCCAAACGAAACUCUGACGGCGAGUUUGUGGGCCCACCAGUCAAGCGCCAAGUGGACAUUUUGGAGCUACGCGACCUGGAGAAAGAAUUCAUGAUGGCGACCUGUCGACUGGCGCUGGUGCAACAUCAGCCGCGGGCGGCCGCCGUCGUAGUCGGCACCAGUCCUUGUGAGUUGGUGCGCCUCCUGCUGGACGCCGGACUCUUCACGUGCGCCCGGCAAUUGUGCGGCGUCUUCAAGCUGCCGCUGGCGCCGCUCUUCGACGCGCUGACCUUCAGGUGCAUCAAGCUUCAGUUUGGUGGCGAGGAGGCUCAAAACGAGGCCUGGCUGUGGUUGGCGGCCAAUCAGCUCUCGUCUGUGGUCAACACCAAAGAGUCCAGCGCUGCAGAUGAGGCGUGGCGCCUGCUGUCUUGGUUCCUUUCGGAGUUUCCGUCAUCCAACGGGCUUCACCACCGCCAAGUUCUUGUUAAGCUGCUGUCGCACGGCGUCCCGCCACCCGAUUGGCUCGUCAAGUCCUACAAAGAAGUGGACGCGGCGGCUUUGCUGCGUCUCUAUUUGAACUUCGACCUGCUGGACGCGGCGGCCGAGUUGGUGAUCGAGUAUGUGGACGCGCUGUUGGGACGCGGACAUCAAUACUUUGGGAUCAAGAAGCCGCUGUCGGCGCGCAAUCCGUGCGUUUGGCUCCCGUACACGCCCGUCGAUCAGCUGAUGGUGGCGCUCAAGGACACGCAGACCAACCGAGACCUUUACAAGCGACUUGCUGACAAACUGGCCGACUAUCACAAGAUGGUGGAGAACGCCACCAGGAUGGUGCUUGCCCGUCGUUAAAUCUUCGACCUGGAAAGCUUUUGCAUGUACAUAGCAAUUUUUUGUUACCUGAUGAGAAAAUAAAUUGUAUUAUAAAAAAUGA